GAGACAGACCACCACCUUCUCCUUGAUUCCAUCGCCUUACAUUUUGAGGUGAUUUUUCAUCACUUCAACUUGAUGCGACUACUAUUGGUCCGUUUCUCAAUCAGAUGAUAGAGAUGGACAAGCAUUAGAUUCAUUUGAGACCGUUGUUAUGAUGCCCCCACCUGUUACUUUAGUACUCUUUCCUUUUUGUUUCUACCAUCUAAAACCAUAAAGGCAAUCACUCAUUCUGCUCAAUGAGUUACAUAGAUUUCUUCUUUUUUUUUUUUUUUGAAUAGAACAUAGAUUUCUUUUCCAAAAGAAUCUUCUAUAUAUAAAGUUUCUUGAUUCAUCUAGAGGUUUGCUUCUGUCUUAAUGAGGAGCACUAAGUAGUGCAGAAAGUGAGUGGAUGUUAUAGAUUCUAGAAUCUUAGUUACACUUUCAGAUAUUCAGACAGAAGCUUGGUGAUGUCUCUUCAGAUAUUCACAAUCCCAUCUCAUGGUUUAGCUCAGGUAUGGUUCUCUAAGAGGAUAUCAUGCAAGACAAGACUGAGUCGUGUUCUCGCCACGCCACCGUCUUCAACCCUCUUGCAUAUGGACGAAAGCAACAACAAUCUUCCCAAGUCCAUAAAGGGUUUUGAUUCAAGAGGCAGUUUGAACAGUCUCCAUGCAGAUUCUAUGCUCAGGCAGGCCAGCACGGUGGGGAUUAUCGGAGGCAUUUCAACUGAUUCCACUCUCAACUUCGUUAGGAAACUCGAGGAUUGGAGCUCAAAAGAUGGUGAGAGCUCCUUACCCUUUGUGCUUUGCUCGGAUCCUAAACUCAACAAGGAGCUACUCUUAUACGAGGAGAACUCUUACCCUUCUCUCUACCAUAGAGUAAAGCGCACUCCAGCGGAUCAAAACCAGAUUGUGGAGAAUCUAAGGAACAAGAGGAGAUCUCUUGAGAGGUGUGGAGCUAAACUAAUCUUAAUGCCUUGUCAUAUCGCGCAUACAUGGUACGAUGAGGUUUGUGAAGGGAGUUCAGUUCCUAUGCUUCACAUGGGUGACUGCAUUGUCAAAGAGCUUGAAAAGGCCAAGAUGAAGCCUCUUGAAGCUGGGAACCCUCUGCGUGUAGGUGUGAUGGCGUCAAGUGCCACGUUAUCCGCAGGGUUCUACCAGGAGAGACUACAGAACAAUGGAUUUGAGGCGGUGCUUCCAGACAAGGCGACAAUGGAGCACACUGUGAUCCCAGCUAUAGAAGCAAUGAAGAGAGAUGACAUGGAAGGAGCAAGGAACCUUUUGAGGAUAGCAUUGCAGGUGCUGUUGGUUCAGGCGGUGAAUGUGGUGGUGCUAGGGUCAGAUGAGAUGAGGGAACUCUUGCCAGGGGAUGAUCCUCUGCUGAAGAAGUGUGCUGAUCCAAUGGAUGCACUUGCAAGGUCCGCCAUCAAAUGGGCAGAGAGUCUAUGAUGAUCUUAAGGAAUGAAUCCAUAGUUGAAGUUUGUGUAUUGUAUACAUAGUUGGACUUUGUGGAUGUGUGUGUAUGUGAAAAGAAAAUAGCUGGUGGAGACCGGUGUGUGUCAAAUAGAAAGAACAUCAUUGCCAAAAGUAAUACCAAAGUCUUUUUA